GCCACAGUGCAUGUAUUUAUUUUGUGAAUUUGUGCGGUUGUCAUGGAUCGUUUUUGAAUCGGCGAUUCUCAGAAAUGAGCAUUAUGACAGAAGUAACUGACAGUUUGGAAAAUAGCUUGGUCAAUGGGAACAGCGACAAGCAGCCUCAUACAGGUGUAAGCAGUGGGAGUAUUACAGAUAAAUCAAAGAAUACAGAUGAGCAUACUUCAGCUAUUUUACAUGUGAAUGGGGAGCAGAGUUGUUCGGCCUCAGUACCACCAGUUAAAAGCAGGCCAGACAUCGCCCCAUCCACCACCAAGUCGCGUCUCAAAGAAAUAGACAAGGACAAAAGUCAGGCGAGUAUGGGGUGUAACAACACACGCACUGUGAUGGUGAUAGAACCCACAAAGAAAACCAGUGGGAAGGUGUCUCCAAGAGUGACAGAAAGUGAGCACACAGACAACAACACAAAGGAAAGUUUAAAUCCAAGUAAAAACAGUGGUGAAAUUGAGGCAUCAAGCAAAACUGGAAGUAGUGAUAAUGUGUUUGCUGACCAGAUUGUGCAAGACACAAUGCCCAUCACAAACAGCAGUGACAGUGGACAGAACAGGUCUCGCAACACGUCAAGGACAAGUGAGAGCACAAACUCAGAUACAGAGAAGGCUGCGCUUCCAAGUGAGUCUGCAAGUGAAAGCACUGAAAAGGUUGUGAGAGAAACGAAUAGUUCAAGUGAUGUAACAGAUAUUGAGGAAACUGCCUAUGAUGGUAAUCAGGAGAGUAGCAGUUUAGAGAGUGGGUCCCAAAAUCGGCCACAUAGCUUAUCGCUGCCGAAACCUCUACAGUACUAUGAGCGGCAUCGGCACAAAGGGCUCAAGGCAGGAAUUCCUGAUGACACAAGUAGUGAUGACCAAAUAAGUGUGGACAGUGACAUCAGUUCCCUUGGCUCAUCUUUGCAAGGAAUGAUAAUGAGAAAAGGUGACAUGAUUGAGUUUGUGGCAGAUAACUUGCAGGAAAAAAUUAGGGGAAGCAGAGACUCCUCUAGCAUGGGCAGUCGCACAUCCAGUAUGCGCAGCAUCUCCAGCGUGAAUAGCAUCUCCAGCUAUACCUCAUCAUUAGCUACGUCUGUAUCUGGCAUGUCCCGCUCCCCUAGCAGUCUAGUGCAGCAGUCACCUGACGCCAUACCCCCUAUUGACCCUCAAGCCAUGCAAGACUUGGAGUCCCAAGCCAGGGUUGUGGCUGACAGGGUUGACUUGAUGAUGGGUAACCUGAAGGCAAACCUUUUCAAGAUGUCAGCAAUAACAGUUGGUACACUGGAUGCCUAUAAGCACUCUGUGGAAAGCACCUGUGAAGCUGUAGAUGCUAGUAUAAAGGCAAUGUAUGCCCUAAUGGCAAAGUGUGAGGAGUUGAGUACUACUGUCAAACCUGUGUACCAGCUAGCAGAUCAAAUCAAGGAGAUUAAACGGUUGUUGGACUUAUUUGAAGGCCAGUUAGAUACAAAGACGUAGUCUUGUGGACUGGAUGUGUUGAAACCCACUGAACAGAUACAGGAGUCCAAUGGUGUGCAAUAUUUUCAGAUGUGCCAAUUGUGGACAAUAAUUAAAUUCUAGUUAAAUAGAAGUUUGCACCAUGUACACGUAUGUAUGUCAAAACAAGACAUUAUCUUGAAUGUGUUUUAUAUUACAUACCAGCUGUGAAUCAGGGGAGUUCAUCUUUAAAGGAGAAGAAAAAUUAAAACAAUGACACUAUAGGCUGAAAAGAGCAAAUUUUUUUCUAUCUGGCGGUGCCUGCUGCAUAAUUUUGCAAUUUUUCAUCGCCAUACACGUAAAGUCUGAAAACUGAAAACGAGUUCAUCGUGUCCUCAUUCUUAAACCCCCUUUAAUUUAUGCUGGGUGUGUGUUGCCUCUCAGCCAAUGGAAGUCGUUAAAACUGCCAGCUUGUUCGUGUAAACUCAGAACCUAUGUCCAACAUUCCAGUUUUCCAAUCGUGUAGCGGAAAAUGAACUGUACUGUUUGCUGUCUUCUGGGAAGAAUAGUUAUGUACCAACUGCACUUCAGCGGUUUCUGGAGGCAAUUCUCCUCCUAACACAGAAGACUUUAGGACUAGUUCUUAGGCAAAAUGGAGACACCCACAGCGGAUUUUGGCGCUAACUUUAUUUAUAAUUUAUCAACUUGAGGUACAGAUUAGAAUUAUUUUUAUGGCAUGCACCUGCGAGGAAAUGCAUUCUCUUUUCAGUGUUUGAUAUUUAAAUUUUCUUCUCCUUUAAUAUUACUAUUAUUAACUACUAUGUAACUAUGUAACCAGUUCAUCUAUCCAAGUGUGAACACCUGAAUCCAUUUACAAUGGGGUUGUUUGGAAUGAGUUGUAACAUGUGUACCAUUUUUGUACAGGGAGCUUUAACUUUGCUGUGUGCAUAGAUGUACCGAAAUUGCUCUAAGAUAUUCACUGUUGUUCUACUAAAAGCACCAGUACCAAACCCAGCUUUAGUGCAAAACUAAAGUUCUGAAUGUAGAGAUAACCAGCUGGUUCUUAACUGGUCUAAACAAUUGGUGCAUUCCACUGGGCAAACCUGAUUGGUUUAAUCUGUUGCCUUUAUUUUAAAUUAAAUCUAUCAACAUUUUUACUCCACAUCUUCAUCUCUCAAGGUGUUAAGACGCUCUUACCAGUACACGUACAAGUAAUCACAAUAUUUUACCUGGAAUCGCUGUUAUGGUAGAUAUACAACCAUAACUCUUAUGUACUGGUCUGUGGUAAAUGAACUACAAGAUGUGAAUCAAGUAUGAUUAGCUAUUACUUUGUGUAUGUAUUCAUGCAUGAAGCUAUAAAAUAUGAAUUAUGUGCUCAGUUUUUAUCAGUUUGUUUAUCGCAUGCUCUAUUUCACAGUGAUUCGCAUUUCCAAUGUUAGCAUCAUAGUACAUAUGUAGUGAACAUCUGUGGUUAGUAAAACAAAAGUAAAUUGAACGUUUAUUCCAGGUUUAAUAAAUAUGAUACAUUUUGAACAAAGCGUUUUUGUAGCAUAAUGUGGGUCUGAUGGUUCAGCUCACAUGUUGUGAACCUUGCAAACAUUCCAAAGAAAAACAGAGCUACUGGAGCCCUGGAUUCGUAAUGAACACUUGUAUUGUAGAAGCCACACAACUUUCAUUGAUGAGUAAAGUUAUCUAAUAUCUCACCCAUGACUAAGUUACACAUUUGGCCUGAUUCAUAAAUUUCUAUUGAUCUGAGAAAGAUGAUUUGAGGUUUGUUUGGAAGGCAGGAUGAUAUCAUAUGGUAUGUUUCAGAACCGAGUGUAAUGUUUUAUGACAUUUAGUUUCUAUUAAAAAUGCACUUUUGGGCUGAAAUUUCAGUACCUUUACUCUAAAUUAAAAUGUCAUGUCCAUGUUAGACAUGACACUUCAGCUUUAAUUCUGAGCAUAAGUGGAUAUUUGUGCUGUUUACAAGUGUUGUCUAACCAAAUAUCCCUCCACUGAAAUAUUGUGUGAAAACAUACACCUCUUCCCCAUGACAAAACAGGUCUAGUGCAGUGAUACUGCAAUUCUUCAACCUUUUUGCAUGUUUUGCAAGGUGUUUAUUCAAGCAUAUUUUGAAGGCAUUAUUCUGUGUAGACUGAUACAAUUGUAUUUUGCUUUAAGUCUUUAAAUUGGCCAAUCCAACCCAAUAUUUUGUCUCCAAAAAGCAAAUUAAAACAUGUGCAUAAAUUGCUCUGAAAGUUGCAUUUUCUUACAUGAAAAGUUUAAGGAAUGAGGGUAUGUAUGAGGGUGUCAGGCCACUGAGACUGUUGCAUAUGUGCAUGUGUAUACAACACAGGAAUAGACAUGAAGCAGUGCUGGUUGUAAAUUAGAAACACCAUCAGUAUAACAACGCAGAUUUAAAUUCAAGCCCAUAACUGCUAUUAAGAUAUAGCAUCUUCAAGGUGUUCUUUUCUAAAAUAUUUUAAAACAUUGAAUAGGGUAAUUUGUACCCUCACUGCAUUGCAUAGUGUGUUGUUAUGAGAGAGGUGUGUAUAACUUCUGUUAAAUCCAAACAUUUUCAUGUUCAUUGUGAUGACAGUUGCUACACCAGAUACAAAAUUCAGAAGCUAUGUAAAUCCAAGAUCUUUUUUUUUUCAUAGCUCAUUGUACAUGUACUACCCUAUUGGCACAGGUGAAAAUGGGCAGAAGGGGUUUCCACAGUUCUGUGUUGACAUGUAAUAUGUGCUUAUUUAGUUUAUAUUAGCACUGUUUACAAUGAAUAUGUGGCUUCUAUCUACCCUAUUUCUUGUAAUUUUUGGGACACCUGCUCUGCUCAUUUUAGCCAAUAUGUAUGUAGCUGUAGCAGGAAUGUUGAGUUUCUUCUUUCUCACAUGGUUAGACCGGUUAAUGGACAACAUAAUCAUAUCUUUACUUUUCCAAAAGGCUGGUAAAGAAAUGUAAUAUUCUACUUUGAACACUACUAAUAUCUGUCCCAAAAAUUAGAACAAUUAGGGUAUUUUUGUUACUGAGGUUUUUUGUAAGUAUAAGAAUGCCAUUUGUUAUCAGAACUUAAAAAAUAAGUCAUGACAAAUUAUAAUUUGGAACUGCCAUGAAAUUGAGCUCAUUGCUAAAUCGAUAUAUAUGUAAGAGACAUUUAGGCUGUUUUGGGACAAUGGUCUUGGCCAAGCCUCCCGUGCCCCCUCUUCCAACAAUAAUGUACUCGUAUUAGUUUAGCCACUCCAAGGAAGCUCAAAUACACUGAAUGUGUAAACCAGUCCAAAAUAAUAACUGUGCUCAAGAGACUACUAGUUUGAGAAUUUUCCUUAGAUUUACAUGUAAGUUUUAUAGAACUUUAUCAGUUGCUUUUUGUCUUUCUCUUUGUCAUUAGUCACUGGCCAUCAUUGUCAUUCACUGCUGCAAGAGACGUGCUGCAAACAGCUGCUUAUCCAAA